CCACCGCUGAAAAAAACGUGCCUCUGUAGUUCUGGUGGCACAGAAGUAAGGAACAGGUGAAUCCUCUCUGAGUCACUGCUUUGAUUGGCUGUUGUUUGAUCCCCUCCAAGUCACAAAACAGAAUAACAAUACACUGUCAUCCACUUGCAUUUCUGUUCUCUUCUCCACUUCACGAAGAAACGCAGCCAUGGCAUCUUCCGAGGAAAUCCAGACACUUGUCCUCACUACCCUUGACAAGCAGGGCGGUAUUGAAAACACAGAAUCACUCAAGGACAGCAAUGGAGUAACCUACCCUUACCGCGCUGUCGUGGGUGUCUUGAACUCGCUUACUAGCAAGGAGAUGCUCACAUACACCACCAUUGAGAAGGAUCACUACAACUUGACUACCGAGGGUAACGAAAUCGCUGAUUCUGGAAGCCACGAAGCCAAGGUCUUCAACGCUGUCGAUUCAACCAAUGGAAUUUCAAUCGCUGAACUAGCCAAGCAACUCGGUCCAUCUGCAAAGAUUGGUCAAGGAAAGGCUUUCAAGAACAAGUGGAUAAAGAAGGAUGGCGACAAGCUUAUUCGUGAGGUCGAGUCUAUCGUUGACCAGGCGCAGUUGGACGUUCUUGAGAUUCGAAAGACUGGUACUCACACUAAUCCUGCUAUUCUGAAGGAUCUUCAGUCCCGUAAGCUUAUUGAGAAGGUCAAGCUUGUUUCGUAUAAGGUUGCUAAAGGACCCAAAUUCUCGUUGACCAUUGAGAAGCAGGCUACCGAUCUGACCGCUGAGAUGUUGGCUGAUGGAUCAUGGAAGACUCAGACUUUCAAAAAGUAUAAUUUUGCAGGAAACCCUCCAGAGGGAGGCCACCUUCACCCCCUCAUGAAAGUUCGUGAGGAAUUCCGCAAAAUUUUCUUCGAGCUUGGAUUUGAAGAGAUGCCUACAAACAAAUAUGUUGAGUCUUCAUUCUGGAAUUUUGAUGCUCUCUUCCAGCCUCAGCAACAUCCCGCUCGUGAUGCUCACGAUACUUUCUUCCUUCUCGAUCCAGCUACCUCCUCCAACUUCCCGGAUAUGGAGUACGUGAACCGUGUUAAGGAAGUUCAUUCUCAUGGUGGAUAUGGCUCGAUUGGAUAUGGAUAUGAUUGGAAGAUCGAAGAAGCUGAAAAGCUGAUUCUUCGUACUCACACCACAUCGGUCUCAUCCAACAUGCUUUACCGUCUCGCUCAGGAAGCCAAAGCCAAUGGCAAGUUCAGGCCUGCAAAGUUCUUCUCUAUCGACCGUGUAUACCGUAAUGAAACUGUCGACGCCACACAUCUAGCAGAGUUCCACCAAGUUGAAGGAGUCAUCGCAGAUAAGAACCUGACUUUAGGAGACCUGAUUGGAUUCAUGGAGGUCUUCUUUGAGAAGAUGGGUGUACCCAACAUCAAGUUCAAACCUGCUUUCAAUCCCUAUACCGAGCCAAGUAUGGAAAUUUUCUCUUGGCACCCUGGUCUUGAAAAGUGGGUUGAGCUUGGUAACUCGGGCAUGUUCCGUCCAGAGAUGUUAGAAGCCAUGGGAUUGGACCCUGAUGUCCGUGUGAUUGCCUGGGGUCUUGGGUUGGAGCGUCCAACCAUGAUCAAGUAUGGCUUGGACAACAUCCGCGAGCUUCUGGGACACAAAGUCGAUCUGGCUAUGAUACAAUCAAAUUCCGCUUGCAGAUUGGAUAAGAAGAUGGGCAAGGAAUUGGUUGGCAGGGAUGCAGUUGAUGCUUAAAGAGGAAGCAAAGGACGUUUGGAAAAAGCGAGAGGACGAUAGAUGGAGUGUCCAUCGCCUGGCAUUACUUUAUCUCUAUUACCACCUUAUUCACUUAAAAUAAACUGACAAAAUGAAGAAAAAGAUAACGCCAUCGAUAGUUUCGUUUAUAGGAUAUUGAUAGAUCAAAGGCAAAGUCUGUCGUACAAAAUAUUC